AUGGGCCCUUUGGUCAUUGCUGAUUCCGAUGACGAGAGUGACUCGAACGAGCACCUUGCAGCCGCUCCAGCCGUAACGCUUCCUCUGGCGCAAGCACGAUCUCCCGAGCAGGGAAGCCUUGCAACUGCGUCCACAGAUUCGGUCUUCUUCCAGCAAAUCUACAAUGAGCAGCAUGGCGCUGCCCUCGAGAAAGCGCAGCAGCUACAGCGGACCUUGGAUGAUGUGCCGCAUGAAAGUUCAGCCAUGACUAUUCCUGAUGUUCCCUUUCAGCGGACCACCAAGGGCUUCUAUCAUUCAUCCACCACAACUACCACGGAUCCUCACAUGGAAAGACUUCCAGAUGCUCAGGCUGAAGACCCUUGCGCUGGCUGGCCUCAGAUGACUUCUCGAGAAGGAAAGCAUCCUGUGACAGAGACCGGUGUGGUGGACCCGUGGGAAGUACCAAGCAGCCCAGAAGCCCCUAGAUCGCUGGAAAGGCGGUCGAAGAGGCAUAGCCACAAGAUGCCGGAUCAAGCGUUCAUGAGAGACGGGUCGUUUUCUGCCAAUGAUGCGCCUCUAGACGGCCAUUGGGAUAUCGAGGAGGGGGCUCAAAGUCGCAGCAAGAAACGGAGACGGCUAGACGAGUCUGGCAGUACACUGUCCCCGACUGACGAAGUCAAUUUGAUUAUGCUGCCUUCUAGUAGCAAGUCUAUCCUUGAGAAUGGAGAGGAGACGGCAGCUGGAUCGAGUAUACCACUACCCACGAUGCCUCUUGACGCCGACUCGACCUUCUCUCUGAGAAACCCUUCUCCGGCAGGACGCGAACAGUCGUCUCAUCUCGGCAUGGACUCGGUGCCUACUGGCGCUCCAAAGUACAGCAACCUACUCCCGAAGCAGCAGACGCUAUAUGCCGUUGGUUCAAGUGGAACGGCCACCAAUGUCAAUACGCAGCGAACCCAAACGUUUUCGAAUCAGAAUCUUAGCAGUCUGGGGUCCGAGGAGCCGGACGCCGAGGUGGGGACGAGAAAAUCAGAGUAUCGGAACUACAGUAAUACUAUACGGAGGGACUCAUCCCCUGACAUCAUUUCUACGUUGGCACCAGUUCGCAGAAAAGCUGCGCGGUCCGAGCCGGAGCAUUCACCUGAUUCACAAUCUAAGCCCAAGCCCGAUCAGGAUUAUUGUGACGGAAGAGAUUCUUCAGCUCAUCAGCCCCCACCACGAGAGUUGCAGUCGGGGGACAAUGAGGCCGAAUUCGUGGCACAUCCCACGCCAAUGGUCAAGCCCAAGAAGAAGAGGGGUCGCCCGAAGAAGCCUCCAGAAAGCGAUGAGCCCCUGCCAAUGAAAGCGGCUGCAGGUCCUGUAUCGGCCGCGGCUGAUGGGACACCGGCUGCAACAACGCAGAAGAAGAGGCGAGGGCGGCCUAAGAAACAGUCGGCUGAGGCAGCUGUAGAUGGCGCUCCGCCUCCUGCCGCCACUACCGUCUCUGCCCCUGUUGCUGGCGGCAAUGCGGGAGCCAACCUGGGCCUGGAAAAGACUUCUGCGUCUGCUGAUGGGGACGAUAUACAAGCUGCCACUGCGCAAAGCUCGCCGCCGAUUACCAGCGAGAAAGGAGCUGCCGAAGGAGCCUCAUCCGCGGCGGAAAUCACAGAAUGCGGCCAUGAUCAGGCAGCCCCAGGCAGCAGGGGGGAAACAAAGGAUCAUUCCGCCGGCCAGAGCAGUCCUGACACGCCGAAGGAGGAAGACGUACCCAAAGAGCCAAGACAGCCUGCUGCACGAGCGAGAGAACAGAAAUUGGGGUGCGACAAGAAGGGAUUCUCGGCACAAGGGAUAGCCAAACCCCUGUACAGGGUUGGGCUGAGCAAGCGAUUUAAGAUUGCCCCGCUGCUGAAGUCGGUACGCAAACCAUGA